GUCCCUGAAUGAGAAAACAUCUCGCAUUACUUCCUUACCUUUUGCUUGCAUUCGUCUAUGAUUUUCUGCAUUCAGAGGAACCUGGCAAAUAUGCUUCCUCCAGUGGUCAGCGCGACCCUGAUCGCAACUGCUCUUGCCGCAGCUUCCAACGUCCUGGCACAACAAGUCGAGCACCGCGAUAACGAAGAGCAAUCACUCAUAUCCUUACCCGAACUCUUGCAAUUCACCAUUUGCAACCUCAUCCUCUCGCCGCCAAAUUUCUAUUGGCAGCAUUUUCUCGAGCGAAGUUUCCCUGCCCGGGAGCUUCCCUCUGAGAAGUAUGAUGUCUUACCUCAACAUGAGGGAGGCAUAGAGCUUGGUCCAGUGUCCGGUCCCGCAUCGGAAAGCGAAAUCGACAGCAAUGCCCCACCUAAGCUGCAUUGGAAGAACACGGCCAUCAAAUGGUUCAUUGAUUGCAUCACCAUGGGUGCUCUGCUCAAUACCAUUGCCUUUCUUACUGUCAUGGGCCUCCUGAAGGGACGGACAAUAGAACAGAUUGGAACAGCUAUACGCACAGAGACUUUCCCAAUCAUUUUUGCAUCUUACAAGAUCUGGCCUCUGGCUUCUGUCGUAAACUUCACGCUCAUACCAGUGGAGAAACGAAUCGUGUUCUUGAGUGCUGUUGGCCUUCUUUGGGGAAUAUACAUGAGUUUCAUGGCGGCGAGACAGUGAAGAAAACCAGGAACUGGAGGGCGCGGAUCGAAGGUGUCUCGAUUGGAUUAUGCAUUAUAUCGCAAUCUACGCGCCAAAACCAUAUCUCACGC